AUGUCCUCCAACUUAUUCGAGCCUCUUCAAAUUGGGAAAGUUCAACUCAUCCACCGAGUCGUCAUGGCCCCUCUAACUCGGUUUCGCGCCGACGCCAACCAUGUCCCACUUCCGAUUUCCAAAAUAUACUAUGAACAGCGGGCGUCCGUCAAAGGAACGAUGAUUAUCGCCGAAGCAACCCAGGUCUCAGCCUCCGAGGGUGGUGCAGGACAUGCACCAGGAAUAUGGAGUGAAGCCCAAAUAAACGGCUGGAAGGAAAUCACGGAUGCUGUUCACGCCAAAGGAAGUUUCAUUUUUUGCCAAUUGAUCGCGAUCGGCAGGGCUGCUGAUCCUGUUCAACUUCAGGCCGAGGGUGGGUAUGAAGUACUUGCCCCGAGCUCAAUUCCAAUGGAACCAGGUGCCCCUGUUGCGAAGGAACUGGCUGAACAUCAGAUUGAAACGAUCAUCAACAACUUUGCAACCGCCGCCAAGAACGCCGUUCGUGCUGGAUUUGAUGGAAUUGAGAUCCACGGAGCGAAUGGGUACCUCGUUGACCAAUUCUUGCAAGACGUGAGUAACCAACGAAGUGAUCAAUGGGGCGGUAGCAUCCCAAACCGUGCUCGCUUCGGCCUCGAAGUCGCGAAAGCAGUGGUAAAUGCCAUCGGCGCUGAACGAGUCGGUUUCCGACUAAGUCCAUGGAAUACAUGGCAAGGCAUGAAAAUGAAUGAUCCGAUACCUCAAUUUACCUAUUUCGUGGAGCGCUUGAAAGACCUCAAGCUGGCCUAUCUCCACUGUAUCGAGUCGCGUGUUAUUAACAAUAUAGACUGCGAAAAGGGCGCAGGCAUCAAUUUUCUUUUUGACAUAUGGGGGAAGACUUCUCCCGUGCUUGUGGCCGGUGGGUAUAAUCCAGACAACAUCCAACGUGCAUUUGAGGAGGAAUAUCAGGGAAAUGACAUCGCUGUUGUUUUUGGCCGUCAUUUUCUGGCUAAUCCGGAUUUACCUUUUCGGAUUCGGCAUCAGAUUCCUCUUAAUCGGUAUGAUCGGGAAACGUUUUAUGCUAUCAUGGAAGAGGCUGGGUAUGCCGACUAUCCAUUUAGUUCAGAGUUCUUAGAAGCCGAAAGAGCUGGGUGUGGGAAUCCGUUGAUCAAGACGAGGCCCGGACUUAUUUUAGAGUAG